UUGCACUGUUUCUGGUAGAGGCACAUAGGCCUAAGGGGCAAGGCUGGAACUCAAUUCCUCUUCUAUCUGCAGUGAAAAGAGCCUUAGAUCUGCCAGGAAAUUUGAGUGAUAAUAAUUGCUAGGGACCCUUUGUAGCCGGGCAUCUCGUCCAGAGACGUUAGAGAGAGUUCUGAAACAAAGUAGAAGCUGGACCCACCUUUGCAUUGCAAGCUGCAAUGAUUCACCUGAUGCUCAGAAACAAGAUCUAGCAAUUAGCGUGCUCAUCACUGGCACAUGUGUGCCCCUUCAUCUGACUAAUCUUAAUUGCAGCUCAGCUUUAAAAAAGCUAAUUAGGUUUAGUCCAAUGCUAGCAAAGGUGGUACACAAUGUGACACAUGACUGCUUUUUUUUACAGCAGUGUGACUGAGCCAGGCCACAGCUUCCUCCUGUCUGGGUCUGAGCAAGGUUAUUUCUAGGGUGUCUGUGGGUGGACAGGGUUGGGUCACAGCUGGCUGUUCCGGUUUCUUGGUGCACUAAAGACUGACUUGAAAACAUACCCAAGCUCCAGGCAAAAUGCCUUGCUAAGAUGUCAUUCUGUGAUGGUCCAUAAUUCACAUACGUUCCCUCCCUCCACCCAAGAAUAAAGCCUGAGCACAGAGCCUGUGAGAAGUGCUGUUUAUUGGUGUUCCGAAUCCCCCAUAUGGUAGUUUUUCCAGGAAUGGAAAUAGUGCCUGGGAAAUAGUACCCGUAGGAAACCCUUCUGCCGUGGGGCUGUGAGCUUCUAUGUAUUAACGAGUAUGUGAUGCUUAUGUUUGGCAGGAGCCGGUGACCUUUGAGGAUGUUGCUGUCUAUUUGAACCGUGCGGAGUGGGAAACAAUAGAGGAGUGGCAGAGGGAGCUGUACCGGGGUGUCAUGGUGGCGAAUUACGAGCUCUUGACUUCUCUGGGCUACCCAGGCCCCAAACCUGACAUAUUGUAUCGGAUGGAGCGUGGGGAAGAGCCAUGGGUCUCUACCCCACAGAACCCAGUGAUGUGGGAUGGACCUGACAGCCCCUUUCCAGGAGUUGGUGGGGAUAUGUCCUGGCUGGUGGAGCAUCCUUCAGGCUGGCGGCCUGGUGCUGACAGACGCUGUGUGCUGGAGGAGAGAAUGGAGACUCCCCACCAAGGUGGGCGGUGUAUGCAGUGGCGUCUCCGUUCUAGAAGACUGCUGAACAAGUUCAAAUGUGUCAGCAGUAGGAGUCAGUUGGAGGCAGCAACAGCCAACAGAGAAGUGGUGCCAACUGAAAGCCAGGACCAAGAAAGGACAGGAUUCUGGCCUGGGAAGGAAGUAGAAGUAGCAGAAGAGCAAGAGGUUGAGCCAAACCAAAACCAAAGCACAGGACUUCGACUUCAUCCAGUGAUGGAAAGACAGAACAAAAAUCCAGAUUCCCAGGAACAUGUGUGUGGUGACCCCCAAGGCAGUGUCCAGAAAAGAUCAUACACCUCUGAAGAAAUGAGGCUUUACCUUGCAAACAAGAAACAGAAGAUUGAGGAUCUCAGUGAAAUUAUUUUGAAAGACCACUGUUACUGUGCAAGGAAUAGGACACAAUUUUUGAGUAGCAGUCUAUUCCCACAUGUUCUGAGAGACCACGACUACUGCAGAAAUGGCAAGGACGUUGUUACAGCACUUAGAGACCAUGAAUAUUGUCAGGUACAAAGGAGUAGUUGUCAGGCACAGGUUAGUGGCUCUCAGGACAGAGUUUAUAAAGGUGCUGGUUCUGCUGAUAAGUCUCAUGCCAUGAUUCACAGGCUGGUAAAACGAAAAUCACAGUUGCAAAUGGGGCGACUAAUCGGGAAAGCUAAGCGAAUUUUGUGGCGUUACAAGCGUUUUGUCAGCAAAAGGUUACGUUUUCCUCCAGGCUCCUCAAGCACAGACUGUUUUUCUGAACUUGCUGGGUCAGCAGCUGUCUCUCCUGCUAGGGCAGAAGACAGCCCUAUGGAGGGGACUUGUGGGGCACUUUGCCCUCCUGUGGAGCAGGAAACUGUUCCCCCACAGUCUCAGAAUGAGGAUAACCCCCAAGAGAUCCCAUUGGAAGUACUCCAUGCCCCAGCGGUGUCAUUUGAAUCUACAGCUGCGCUCCCACCCUCAAAUGCACUCACAGAGGUGAAGGAGGAAGUAGUGCAACCCAUGGCUUAUGUGGAACGUGUGCAGCAGUGGGCAUGCCCGAUCCAGAGACUUGAGGCUAAGCGAAAUGUCGAAAGACGCAGAUUUGUUAAUUCAGAAUUUGUAUCACUACAUGAUGCUUAUGAAAUGGUCAUGCGGACUGUAGAUCACAUGUUAGACCGUGUAUGCCAGACAUUUGAACUUGGUGGCUAUGCUCAGUGUAAGGAGGUCUGGCCCAUAGUUAUUCAGAUAGACAGUUGAUGACCAGAAAUAAAUAAAUAAAUAAAUAAAAGACAGCUGCUCCUAAUAUACCAUCAGAGUGAACAGUUAAGAAGUUUUGCAACAGGGAAAAAGGCCUAAGGAGACUUAACAAAAGAAACUGUGAAACGCACACUAAAGGGAAUUAGUGCAUAAAGGGGGACAGAACUUAAUUCCACAGUGUCUGCUGGGGGAAAUGCGAUUGUAUGGGACUUAU